AAUAAAAGUAAUACUAUUUUCCGGUCAUGUUUGAUAGGUGAAAUCCGGAAAGCACCAGUAAGAGAAAUGUCGUUCAAUUCAUUACCACCGUCGAAACUUAUUAAUGUUGGACAAAACGGAGUCGGUAGAUACGUUUGUCAGCUUAUGAGAAUAACCUUCAGAUUCUGCAAACAUAAUUCUAGUAGCAGAGGAACAAGGGAUUUCAUUGAAAACUAUCUUGUGGAUUUUGCCAGGAAACAUCCCAGUAUUGUUGUGUAUGUAAAACCUCGUCGUCAUCGAGGGGCAUCCAUUAAAGCUGAUUACUUGAAUGGAAAUUCUCAUACAACCAAUCUAAAAGGCAUGGACAUGGAUGAAAUUUGUAAGUGGGUUGAACUAGCUAGAACUCGAUCAGGAGUAGACGUUGUUAAGAAAACCAAACCUUUUCAGACCCAUGUGCCCAGUAUUCAGGGGGUCUGGCACCCAUUCUUAUUCAAGGAUCCUGCCGUAAAUUUAAGGACUUUCCCAGAUCCACACUAUGGUAGAUUUACUGUGAAUCAAGUGACUGCUACAGAGAGAGUUCUGCAGUUGGCAGAGCGGAUGAAACAGUUAGAACUUCAGGAUGGCAAUAGUGACAUAGGGAGUGUUAAAAGUGAAAGAAGCGAGAGUUAGUGAUUAGAAUAUUGUGUGAAUAAAAUCUUAUAAAUUACUA